CUCCAUUGUACAAGUGCCCAAAGGAGCCAGGGCAAACUUCAUAGAGGCAACAAGAGGAAUGAAAGUAACGAUAUUAGCACGAGUGUGUGUAUACAAAUGUGUGCCACAAGUCAGUGAAAAUAGUUACACAAAAGUCUAAUUAUAAUUGGGAUUACUCAAAUAUGUCUUAGACAGCAUGCUCAGGUGCUAAGACGCCCAGCACUGCAUUGCAGCAGACACACCGAAAGGCCAUGACGCGCCGGAUGUACAGACAGGCACAGCAUUGUAUCCCAGCGACUAGUGACUACACACGAAGGUUAAAACUUAAUCAGGGGAGUUAUAUUGAUGAAUAUUGCAUUAAUAGGAGAACCAAAGUGCCAUUAAAGACGCGUGUCUGUAGUCGUAUGUCUACACACAAUUUGUCUUGUAACGUACCAAACAAGACUUUAAUAACGAUAUAAAGGCGUUAUGACGGGCAUUGGACAUGAUAAGAUGGUAGUGGAAGAGCGAAUGCAGGAUGUAUCGCAUAAUGAUGGACAAACAAUGUACUACCCCGAAAUGAGGGAUCGUAUGCCCUCACAUAACGCCAAUAAUGAAAUUGGUGGAAACAAAGUAAUCAAGGCGCAGGGCGCCCUUAUCGCACGGAGGAUCAGCUCGGCGGAUACCGAGGUUCCUUCCACCCUUUUCAGACGUAUGUCAAGUGUAGGUAAAAGCUACAAUGAUGAAGGACAUUCAUUGCCAUCGUUAAAUCAGCCACGUAAGCCUUGUGGACUUAGUGCAUCAGCUCGUGAACCGCCACGUGACUACUUCAUGGAUAGGAAUGUUAAAUCGAGUUAUCCAGUAACAGAUGAAAGGCGCUUACGUAACCCGCCACUAAAAAACAAGUCAACGACUUUCAAGCCCAGUCUAUCAAACAAUAACGUGGUGUGGGAUCUCCCAGAUAAAUAUAAGGUAAUUGACAUUGUAGGCUCAGGGUCUUAUGGGCAGGUCUGCCGUGCCUUUGAUAUAGAAAAUCAACGUUAUGUAGCUAUUAAGCGGAUACAUAAGGUGUUCGAGGACCUGAUAGAUUGUAAGAGGAUCUUAAGGGAAAUAGCCAUACUUAAUCGAUUGGAUCACCCAAAUGUUGUCAAGGUACUGGAUAUUGUUAUACCAAGUGACUUGGAAAACUUUAAUGUGCUGUAUGUGGUACUGGAGAUAGCAGCCUCGGAUAUCAAACUGCUCAUAAGGUCGCCCGCAUUUCUCAAUGAUAGCCAUAUCAAGCUGAUAAUGUAUAAUCUGUUGUGUGGCGUGUACUACUUACACGCACGAGGAAUAUAUCACCGCGAUUUGAAACCGGCCAAUUGCCUAGUAAAUCGUGAUUGUAGUGUCAAAAUAUGUGACUUUGGACUUGCAAGGACCAUAGCACAGCCAGUUACGCAGGCGCCGUUGGGCAAGCACUGCUCCUUUACUGCCAGAGAAGUUGAAGACGAAAUGUGUCAAGUUGGAGUGCGCAACCUACCCAACUCAGCUAGAUUGGUGGAUUACAACGACGAGCUGGCCCACUUCCAGCGCAAGCGUAUGAACGUUUCUCAUAGCAGGCAGCUAACGGGCCACGUAGUCACAAGGUGGUACAGAGCGCCCGAGUUGAUAUUGCUCCAGGAUAACUAUACUGCAGCUAUCGAUGUCUGGUCCGUGGGAUGCAUUUUCGCGGAAUUGCUAAAUAUGGUUAAGGGCAAUAUGUCUGAUGUAUCACAGAGGUCGCCACUGUUCCCAGGUACCUCGUGCUUCCCCCUAUCACCGGAUAAUAAAAACCCUAGUGAUAAGGCCAAGGAACACGACCAGCUUAACAUUAUAUUCAACGUUAUUGGCACGCCAUGUGAAGAGGAUAUUGCAGCAAUCAUUAAACCGGAAGUGCGCAGAUACAUUAGGAUGUUCCAUCCAAGAAAGGGUAUCGAUCUUUACAAGAGAUUUAAAGGUACACCACCAGCGGCUGUCAACCUGCUCCAGCAAAUGCUAACAUUCAAUCCAUACAAGAGGAUAACAGUGGCGGAAGCACUUAAACACGAAUAUUUCCGUGAAUUCUAUAAGCCACAGCAUGUGGAAAUUCCCACGGAACAACUGGUAACACCAUUCAACGAUUGGAUCAACAUGUCAGAGUCACAACUAAGAUAUGCAUUCCUCAGAGAGAUACAAAGGUACCACCCGGAGUUCAAAAUACCACUCAAAAUUAUAUACAAGCCAUGAUUCUAUUGAAUGUUACAGU